AUGUCAACAAUGACAAGAGCCAAUAUGUGUCCAAUAUGGCCCCUGCAUAUCAUAAUUUUAUACCUGUUGGCGUUGUACCCCAUGUGGGCUGUGUGCCAGGCGGUACCAAAUCUACUGGCAACAUUCGACCCUAGCGAUAUCACCGUGCACAUGGACGCUUAUAAAUUCGUCAAUGUUACCGUCACAGGUGAUGGGCUACUGGGAGCCGAUGAAAUUAUAGUAACGGUUCCAAACGACCAUGUGGCGAAUGCUGAUUGGAAUUCUACGAAUAAGCUCACAGAAGAAGAAGCUUCUAGUACGAGAUGGCAGGGCCGAUUGCAAGUCAGUGGAAAAUUUCUUGGUCGGACGGAUCUCGUACUAGAAUUGCACAGGGGCGCUUCUGUACACCCAGUUAAUGGUACAAUACCAGUUACUGUGAUCCGUCCAGAGCGAAUUAUUGAUACUAUAUUUACGUCCAGUGUUGCCGCAUUUGUAUCACUUAUAUUCAUAAACUUCGGUUGCGCCAUGCAUUGGCCUACGGUAAAGGAAGUGCUCAAGAGGCCAAUUGGCCCUCUUAUUGGUAUGUGUGGACAGUUCCUCUUUAUGCCGUUGAUGUCGUUCGGGCUGGGUUUCCUGGUGUUCCCGUCGCUGCCGGAGAUGCGGCUGGGCAUGUUCUGCACGGGCGUGGCGCCAGGCGGCGGCGCCUCCAACAUCUGGACCUUCAUCCUCGGGGGGAAACCUGAAUCUAUCGCUCGCUAUGACCUCCAUAUCAACCCUCGCCGCCUUUGGUUUCAUGCCCCUCUGGCUGUUCUCACUCGGCCAGUGCCUCUAGGCAUAGGUCUCGCAAUUCAAAAAUGGACACCACGCCUUUCCGCUUUCAUGGUCCGGAUCCUCAAAGGAUUCUCAACCACCCUGUUGCUGUUUAUCAUCGUUUUCGCCAUUGUCACCAAUCUCUACAUCUUCGAAUUGUUCACGUGGGAGAUCGUAGUCGCCGGCAUGGGUGUCCCAUGGCUGGGCUACGCUGCCGGCUAUUUACUGGGGAGAGUUUGUCGCCAACCGCACCCCGACGCUUUGGCGAUAUCCAUCGAGACCGGCAUCCAGAAUACCGGCAUCGCAAUCUUCCUGUUGCGUUACGCAUUGCCGCAACCCGAAGCAGAUCUUACCACGGUUGUACCGGUGGCAGUUGCUAUUAUGACACCCAUUCCGAUGACAGCUAUCUACAUCUACCAGAAGAUAAAGGGGUGCUACGACAAACGAAGACAGGACAAAAAAAUCCUUGAUGAAAGCAACAGCGUCAUACCCGGUAACCCCGAGCCCGGAGUCAUCGCUACCAUUGAUGUCAAAUAA